UCAGUGCGCAUGUCAAGAUGAAAAUUGCAAAUGGCGGCCGUUGUUAUUGUUCGUUCCGAAUUAACUAUUUGUAAAUUAUAUACCAAUCUUUUUAGCGAUUUUUCUACAGAACUGUUAUAUUGAUGUGAUGCAUUAAUUUCUCAUAAUUCGCCGCGACGCGUUUUAUGUGCGGUUUUAAGUGUUUUGAGUGUUUUUUUGGUAUUUUAUGUGUGUCAUGCAAAUGGGGUAAGCUGGAAUUAUCGGAUGUCGCUUAGGUUGUUUUGGAUAGUUUCAGUCACAAAAUGGUGUGAAGUUCUGUGUCCUAAUGUGUAAUAAUGGAUACUGUAUAAAGCUUUUUAACAUUUUCCUCAUGUUUCAAGUGUAACAAGAAGCGAGAACGGCGGCAAUUUACUAAUGUUCCAUGCCGUGACUGUACUCCCCGUACAUUUCAAAAUGGCUGCUGCUCUUCACGAUAUAUGAGCUUUGCGUCACUGGAACAUUAAUCAGUGGAUUGGAUUCGUGACGAGAUUUUAGUGUUUCUAGUCUAGUGAUCCAGUGUAAAAGACCGAAAAUAAUUUUAGAACAAGACCCCGGACAAAUUGGGGUGGGACAAUAGUGUUGUAUCAUAUGUUUUUGGAGUAGUGGACACUGGCCAUAGGACCGAUAUUGCCUUGCGUCCGAGCUGGAUUGUAAUGUUGCGAUUUGAUAUCCAAAAUGAUUUGCAACGGGAGAAAAUAAAGAUAUUGUGGAAUUAACCGGAAUGUGACAUUGUAUGAGAGCAUGGCAGCGGACAGCGAUGGGCCAGGGACUGCUGGCGGCGGGUCCUGCGGCGUGGUAGUCACAUGCGAGGGCGACCUCACCGACCCGAAGUUCCCCGCCCGCUUGCGGCGGCUACUGCGCGAACUGCGCACGCUACUCGCAGAGCCGCAUCCGCACACUCUCAAAGUUAACAAGGUGGAGCCGUGGAACUCAGUCCGCGUGACGCUGUCGGUGCCGCGCGCCGCUGCGGCGAGGUUGCGUGCGCUCGCCGAGGCGGGCGCGCCGCAACUGAGGGCGCUCGGCAUUCUCUCCGUGCAGUUGGACGGCGAUGCAGCCGUCUCGCUCAGAUUACAACAUGGCGCCGAGCUCAGGAUUCACACUGAGGAUGACGCGAGCGCGUCCCGAUCGCAACAAAACGCCGAGUUGCUCUCCAAUCUGGGCGGUAUCGGGCGGCUGCUGGACGAGGGGGCAUCCACCAGCACCGCGGAGCCCCCGGCGGCCCCCAGAGACAACUUCAAGUCGCCCAACACCGUCUGCCCGAUGGACGGGAAAAUCCCGCACAACAUUGCGACUCCGCCGGCGGACAGGUGCGAGUAUCCGUUUGGAAGCAUGACCCACGCGAGGGUUAUACAUCGGAAGGAGAAUACGUUGGGUCUCAGCGGGCCGUCCAGUUCGAUCCGGCCGCCGUCCGAUGUGUUCGUGCGGCCCUCGACGUCAGCGUUCCCCGGCCCCCCGCCCCCGUACCCGCAGCCCGCGGCCCCCGCUCCCCCCGCCGUGCCCCCCGCCGCUCCCCCCACCGUGGCGAUGUCAUCCCCCCUCCUCGUCAACUUGCUGCAGAACGAUGCGCCCGCGCCGCAACCGAGGCCCAAACCGCCGCAUCCGGCCAAGCUGGACAGGCUCGAUGAUGGACAGCAGGUGGAGCUGACGGUGGGCCGCACGUUCGAGUACCGCGCUCGCGCGCCGCCCCCCGGGCCGCGCGGCCCUCCCCCGCCCCCCGCGCCGGCGCCGCCCCCGGCCCCCGCGGCCGCCCCGCCCCCAGCGCCCCCCGCCCCGCGUGGCCCCGCCCCGCGCCGCGCGCCGCCCCCCGCCGCGCCCGUGUACCGCGCCGCGCUCGCCGCCGGCGCGACCCUCGUGCACGCGCAGAGGUUCCAGCAGACAGGGUUCCCCUCCUCGCCGCCGCCGUACCGCGCGCCGCCGCGCGCCCGCGCCGCUCCCCCGCCCGCCCCCCGCGCGCCGCAGCCGCGCUUCUCCGCCGAGGACCUGCAGGUGCUGCUGCCGCCCUCCACCACCAGCAUGGACCAGAAGACCAGGUCAAGGUUUCAGGAAUUCCAAUGGUUCCAACAGCAGUACAUCGCGAACCAGCGCGCCGCGUCGCAACCCGACUGGAACGAGCCGUACCGGGACGCGCUGGACUUGCCCGAGCUGCCUGACAACUGUGACCUUGACCUCUUGUUGCCCACGCUCGGCGGCGACCUCAACCUCGACGACACGGCCCUGUCCGCCAUUUCUGACCUCGACUCCAACGCCAAGCUAGACCAGUACGAAACCAAGGACAACACCACAGAACAAACACUAGAUUCUGUACUCCACGAUAUAACUGGAUCGCAGUACAACAACAGCGAACCGUACUCAGAGUCGAGUCAGAACCAAAAUGUGAGCCGUCAAAACGUGACGAGUCACCCGGUGUCCGGUCAGAGUCAAGCGACGAGUCAGAACCGCAUCGCGAGCCACAGUCAAGCGACCAAUCAGAACCAGAUUAAUAAUCAGAAUCAGAGUGAUGUGCCUUCUAAAACAGAUUCUUAUACUAACGUUAGCGAGUCAAACUUUAUGCCCCCGCCCCCAGUACCGCAGCAGUCUACGUCCAAGACAUUUGCGAAUACAAACCUCCCUUCACAAUCUAAUCAUACGGCGACGCAGUUCAAAGCGGUGAACGCGUACUCCAGUAUGAAUGAUAGAAGUCAUAUACAGACAUCUAUGCCGCCGCCAAUGAGGCUACCAGUUCGAGCCACUACGUCGGUGUCAACCGCCACUGUUGGUUCUCAAGCAUCGGCCCAAGAGAUCGAAGAGCAAAGCAAACAGUACUUGAUCAAAACUCUCAUGAGAGACGACGACGUGCCACCGCCCAAGGAACAGGAGAAGAAAGUUGAAGAAGUCACCGUAGCCAGUUGUAAAGUUAGAGAGAACUCGACAGACACCACACCAGCGCCAGAAGUCUUCGGCAUUGCCAAGUCUACGAUCAUCGAGGACGACGCGACCAAAAGGGAAGACGACGCGAGAAAGAGAGUGCUUAAGAAAGAGAAGGAUGAUAAACUAUUGCUGAGGGGGGGCAACCCUAAAGCUGGUGCUAAAGAGAAACCUGCGACGCUGAAAGAGAAAAUAGUUAAAGACGCCAAGAAAAUGGCGUAUCCGAGGCCGCUGAUUCCUAAACCUACGCCGGCGAAUGAAGCGCCGAAAUCCCCACCCGGUGAAAAGGAGUCGAUCAAGUUGAGGCUGAAGUUGGACAAAAACGAGCCCGUUUACAAAGCGGACGUGAGUUUCGUGAACCAACAGCCGAAAGGUGAAAAACCGACGGAGGGAGAGCCUAGAGUUCCUCCGUUACAUAUAAGCAUCAGAGGUCCAAACUCAGCGGUUAUCAAAAACUCAAAGAAAGAGAAGAAGAAGUUUAGUCCUGGUGAAUUGCACUCGAAGAAAAUCAAAAUCCGGAAAGCCUUGGAGGGCGAAGAGAAGCAUAGGAGAGAUUCUGAGGAAUCUACGAAAACGGACAGUACUGAUAAUAAGACUGACGAGUAUUUAGUCAAAAGUAUAAAGCUGAACAAUCAUUACGAAGGCGAUCCGGUGAAAAGUGAAAUCACGGGCGAUAACAACGUCGUGUACAGAAUGAAAAGUAUAUCGAAAACCGCUCAUAUAGUGACCAAAACACACGACUACAAGUUGAACAACAAACUCCCUUUAGAAAACAAAGUUAAGAAAAAGAAGUUGUUAAACGACACGGGGAAGGCGAUAGAGAAAGAGCGGGACAAAGAAUGGCGGAACGACUUGCUAGAAAAGGAGGGGAAAUACGCCCAGAAUGAAGGUUACAGAGAGGUGAACAACCACGAGGCGAAGAAGAAGUUACCAAGUAAAGAUGCGAAUUGUGAUAAAUCCAGUGACGGGAAGACAGUGCAAUUGGAAGUGAGUGAAGGUAGUGAACUGGACAACCGGUUGCUCAAGUGUUACGAACGGACGCUAAGCGAUGAUGACAAUAAACUCAAACGGACACUAAACGAAAGUGCUAUUACCUCACCUAACGGACUGCUCGGCUCGGAUAAGAAGAGGAAGAUCAGCCAUAGUUCCUGUACAGUUCCAGAUCCACCCGGGUCCACCAACGUGGGUACAAUUCCUCCGCGGACAGAGUCCCCACCACGGAGCGGGGCGACUUCCCCGCGACGCAAAGAGCGCCCGAAGGAUAAAUCCUACUGUAAAUUAGUUUCCGAACGCGCCGCCAGACCCGACGACAAGUUCGGCAACAGAUCGCCCAACUCACAAGCGCAGGGCGAAGACUCCGGCAUCGAAUCCAUGGACGCGUUGUCCGAGAAAUCGCCGAACCAAGCCAGCCAGUCCCCGCCCGGCCCGCAGAGGAAGGAGCGACUCGAUAUGCCCAGGUCUACGAGCCCGGCGUCCGUUCAGAGGAUAAUAGGCGUCAUCGAACAGACGCCCGCCUCCGACGAACUGUUAGAACGACUGUCUUUAUCCAAUAGCCGGCCGCAGUACGACCCCGGCCCCCCAGACAUAGACGACUUAGGAGACAUAGAGGCGGCGUUGGCGGAAAUGCACGGGGACCACGUUAACGGCGACGACGCGCCGAGAAGACCGCCCGAAAACGAGAGAAAGGAACCGAAACGGGAAGCGACACCCAUUUUAAGAGAGGACGAUAAGCAGAAUCAGCCGUUGGAUAGGUUAGAAUCGGACGCGCCUGCGGAGAGGAAGGAGGAACCUAAUGAAGUGAAGGAGUCCCCCAAAAAGGAGGAUUUCGAUCCGCUACCGAGCAGAAAGUCUCCGCCGUUGUAUACCUACUCGAAUCAGGAGAAAAGUGUGACGGAAACGGACGUGAAGGAGGAGAUACUUCCCGCGAACGGCGAGACUGACGAGCAUCGGACGGAAGAGAAGCCCGAGCCGAAAAUUGAAAGGAUACCGCUCCAAGCGGAGUUUCCGGACAAAAGUUUGCUCGAACAACUUCUCAUAGAAAUUCCGACCCAAGACUACGCGGGCAGAAGGCCCGAGUCGCCGUCGCCCUCGACGUUGGAGCGGGUGGCUCGCAGUAGUGUUAGAACUAGAUCGAGUAGUAAAAUGAACAGUCCCGCGGACGGGCCCAAAACGCCUAGAUUGAGUCCGGGGGUCAAACUCGAGCGGUCGGACUCGCCCGCGAACCAGCCAAGGAAUUGUCUAAGGGGGGGAUCGGUGGACAAGACUAGUCCGAAGACUACGCCCGUUGUGGCUAAUGUCAAAGCGGCUCCUGUGGCGAAACGGAAGCGGCGGGAGUCUGAGAGUUCGGGAGCGUCUCUAGUUAGCGAAGAGGGCUUGUCGCCUGCGGGAAGGCCGAGGAAGAAGGCGAAGAAAGACGGGAAGCCAGUGUUACCGGCGCCCGUGGUGCCGGGGAAGACGAAGAAAGAUUCGGACAGUGAUAGUGACGAGCCGUUGAUAUGUAAAGUGCGGGGGAAGACGCCUAAAGCGGGGAGGGCGGUGAAGGCGGCUGUUAAAGUGGGGGAGGGCGUUAAGGCGGGCGUGAAGGGUGGGGAGGGGGUGGGCACGCGGAGAUCGGUGCGAUGUCCGGCGCCGGCCCCUCCUCCCCCGCCCGCGGCUACGCCCACUCCUGGGCCGCUGCCCCCGCCGGCCAGGAGGAAGACCAGGAGCGCAGUUGGUGAAGGCACCCCAACCGCCAGCACGAUCCGACGGCGUCGCACCUCAAGAGACGGCAAGUGACGUCGGCGGCGCGCGGAGUGCCCCACACCCGCGCUCAUGCUCCUCCCGCUGUUACCGCUCGACUGACCGCCGCCACCCCCCACCCGGCCCUUUAUACCCCCCGCUGACGUCACCAGGGACACGCUACUGCGAUGGUUGUACGGCGAGGACGACUAGUUUGAAAAUGGAAUGGUUCGAUUGUUUUCUUCUUUAUUGUUAUUUUUGAAGGCAGUGCGGUGUGAUGAGUUCGAUGUUUGAAUUUGUAUAAUUUUUAUGUCUAGAUGUGCGUUCGGAUAUUUUACGCGCGAAAUUUAAAGUUAAUUGCGUUGAAAUAGCAUUUUUUAUGCCGAUGCGGUAUUGAGCUACAUGGUGUUUUUUUGUUUUCAAGAUUGAUAUUUAACUUCAAAUCAACUUGUACAGAUAAAUUGAAACUUCAGUUUGAACAAUAAGUGCCAAAACGGCUUGAACACAAUACGCGUAUCUCAUCGCGCUGAUUGCCCAUAUUUUGUUAGUCGAUUUGGCAUUUAUAGGUACAUUAUCGGUAUUCACUUUUGCAAAUAGUGUUUUUUUUUUAUUAUUUCAAAUAAGUUUUACGCAACGUCAACUAUAAAACCCUAUUUUUGAUCAAUCGAGUAAUCUUAUAUGCGCCAUGUCGCUUGAUUCUGCACUGAGUAAUCGUGCAUAAAAAAACUAUAUAGCUUUUAGUAUACAUUGGCAAUAGAUUAUUGUUCAUAUUAUCGUUGAUUUCGGUUUGCGAAUCUCAAAAUUAAAGUUCUUUUAUCGUGCAAUAAACGAGAGAAGAAAAAUAUUUAAGAGACUAAAAUUCAAACGUUUGGUCUAUAAACCUAUUUUUAUGUAUUUUUCUUUUCAGUGAGCAUGAACGGUAUUUUUAUAACUUAUAUAAAAUCGAAUAUCAAGUCAUCAUACUUCACUUAAAAAUCGCUAUGUCUUAUAGGUAAAUAAAAAAAAAAAACAAUGGUUGUCAAAUGCAAUCAAAUUUUAAAUUAAGAAUCAUUUUUUACAAACGGAACUACCAUAUAACCACGUUGUUUGAGCUCGAAACGUAACGCGGUACCUACUGUUGUUUUUGACUCUUUUUAAUUUUAUUUAGUGAACAAAUCAUGUUACCAUUCACUGUAACUCGACUAAGUAAGUUUUAUCAAGUAAUCGAGUAAGUUAGGACCGCCGUUGCCACUACGGCUGUCUGGUCGCGAGUGGAAGCCUUAGUUUAUUAUAACUGACAUUAGCCUGGUCAAUAUCGAACGUUGACCCUUUGGUAAUACAAUUGACGACCAGCGGUAGUUUUAUGUCGCUAUAAGAUUUUGGUGGGUGGCUGAAACGCGGGGGGACUACUCUCAAAAUCUUUAUUAAAACCGUCGCUUAUCGAUUUAUUAAAAUUAGUCGAGAGUGUACGACGUCCGAUAUUCACCAGUCGAAUGACGUACAUUAUAGAGUAAAUAGUUGUAAUUAUUGUACAAAAGAGCACUCGUCUUGUAGGCACAUCGUUAUGGAUUUACCGAGAGAUAUAAAUAAUAAUUGUGAAAUGCAUAAAGUUGACAUAUUUUCAUACGUUUUUGCACGUCGGAACGUCGAACGGUGACGUCAAAGAGUAGUUUUUUACCGUUUUGGCGGGAACGCGUCUCGAUUUUUUUUUAAAUCUAUUAUUUGGGUGGUUGCGAAAAAAUUGGGCAAAGGAAUCUUUUGACUUGUGUUUAACAAGAUUCUACUAGAUAAAUACUUAUACAUAUGUAUUUGAUGGAAAAUAUUUUAAUAUUUCCCAUACAAUUUUUAAUAAAAUUUACACAUAUUUUUGACAUAUGUUCAAUGAAAUAAUGACAAAAGAUAAUUAUUAAUUUUGACAACAUGCAAAUAAAAACGUUAUCUGAAAAUUUAAUAUAAUUCUUAUUUACAUGGAUAUAUUCAUAAUUCGCAUCAUCAUAAUGUUGUAAAUAUUUUUUAAUUGCUUUUAUUGACUUGUCCGAAAGAGAGUUUCUUUUGGCAUGGAUAAAUAAAUGGCAAUAUGUAGCCAGACAUGAAACUGCUACAGAAAGUAGCGCGUCUAGUCGUUUGGUAACUUAACUAGCAGAGGUUUUCUCCCGCUGUGGGUUUUUGAGAAUAAUAGUAUGUAGUUUAAAACAAUCGUGUUAUUUCGUACUUUUUUAUUUCCGAUUUUAUAUGUGGGGCCGUUAAGGCGCUUUCCCGCCCAAAACAAUGGCUGCUAUUGUAGCGUUAGCGUAUUUAAUUAAGAAUUCACGACCAAUAAUUAUAAUUAAAUUGUGAACUUGAUAAUUUCAUAGUGAAAGAGAUGAUAAUAAUAGUGACUGAAUGUAACAACAGUUUGUCUUUUCGGGCUUCCAGUAUACUAAAUAUUUCAUUUUAUUGACAAUCUAAUGUUCUCUCAUUUUAUCCCCAAUUUUGACGUCAACAAUUAUCAUUCUAUCCCAGUGGAAGUUUCUAUCAGUAAUAUAUUAAGCUAGCUUUCUUCGUUUGCACUGUAAAUAAAUGAAUUUGAAAUUAGACGCUAAUAUUUAUUGAUCACCGAUUUUUUUUUACAAUCACGUAGUGAAGUGUUAGCUUAUAGAAAAAUUAUACAUUUUUAAAUACACAUGAUUUAUCAUGUCCACCAUUUUGAGUAAUUUGCAAUGUCAAAAUUCAGCCUUUAUUUCUGGCUAAGGUUUAAUAUAUAUUUGCGUGAAAUGACAGACCGAAAUAUUUUAAAUUUUGUUUUUUUUUUUUAAUGAUUUUUGUCCUGAUACUGCUAAAUAUCGAUGCAGUUACUGAUAAAUGAUAUAAAAAUACGCGUUUUUUUCCACUGAAGUCUAAUUCUAACCUUUAUCAAUUCAAAAUUAAAUAUAUAUUUUUAAUCCAAUAUAUUUUCUAUUCCGCUAAUAUAUAUUAAAUCGUGUGUGUUUCUUAUAAAAAUUCCGUAUAAAUAAUUACCUAAUAGAUAUAAUAUUUGCACGAUUAAGUUGCGGUUCCUAACUCCUAGGGGAUAUUUACCCAAAGCAAUAAUUUGUGGAUGUGAGAAUUAGUUUAAUUUUUUACUCCAUUUUUUACCUUGUCCCUUUGUGAUUCCAUUCCUUCGAGCCCUUUUUCUGUUUGUAGACGUAGCCGGCGCACACGCUUAUUGGAGGAAUGUUAUAAUGACUAUACAAUUGAAAUUUUAAAAUCAUUCUGUAUAAAAUUGUUGUUCCUUUUGCCUAACUAAACUUUCGAUUGAUGUAAGAAGUUGAUUAUUAAAAUUCGUCAACAGAUUUUUUAAAAUUUCUGGUUACCUAAGAAUAAAAAAGCCAUACCUAAGUUUCAAAUUUUCAUUUUGAUCAGUGAUCAAAUCUGAUCAAUGAUCACGUAUAGAUCCUUUCAACCAAUCAGAUUACGAUUUCCAACGAACUUGUUUCCUUGAAUUAGACAAUAAUAACACAGAAUUAACAUAUGAUACAUAACCUUUACACAAAACCUUACACUUAAAACACAUUAAUAUAAUAUAAUCUAUCCAAUAUUUUUGUCAGUAAUGAAUGCAAAAAACACUAUUACUGCGAUGUAGUAGCUCCUCCAAAAGGCAUGUGCGUCAAACAUAUUAUUUGGUCACAAUAUUUGAUAAUCCCACGUUUUUACAAUGUUCAAUGUUCAUAGGUACAGUGAUAGAUCUAAAAUACAAACCGUUUAGUAUGUAGUAUCGUAUUGAGAAUAUUUUUAUUAUAAGAAUAUAAUGCCUGAUACAAUUGUGCCCUUUUAAUGUGUGCCGUGACGAAGCUGUGUGUUUCUUAGCUUAGCAGGAGGCUGCUGGGUGGCGGCCAUUAAAAAAAAUGUUAAUUUUUUUUUAAAAUAUCAAUUAGUUAAUAUCGGUCCGGCCGAUGUACAAUCUCUUGUAAAUUUUUAUGUAUAGACGGGGAAAUUAAUAUAUGUUAUAUGUUAAGUCAUUGUUUUAUUUUUCAAAUGUAUUUUUUGGGAGUUGUUGUAUAUAGGUGCCGAGUCUGCGAAGACGUAUCCGAUAGGAAUGCAACGCCUUAUACUGUAAUUAAUAUGAAAUGCUAGCUUGUACUGUAUAAAGUUAGUGGACCGACUCUCAAAUAGUUGUGUAUAUGGGUGUAUAGUUAUCCUUCUAGUGUUUUUGUUUUGUUUUUUUUUUUAUUUUCAACUAAUUGAUAGUAAUUUAUGCCGAUAAAAUAUAUUAUAUAUGUAGGAGAAAGAAAUACAAAUAGUUGUACUAUACAUAUAGCAUAGGGGACACCACACAAGAGUUAUAGCUUAUAGUUUUGGUAUGUAAACAUUAUAUAACAUGUAAAUAGAUUGCAGAAAUAGUAAAUAAAAGAAUUGAUACAAUAAAUUGUAACAUUAUGUUAUUGUAAUAUUUUUUCUAGAUCGUGUUAAUAGCUAGGCGUUGCCUGCGUUAGGACAAUGAUAAGAUCGCCUGUAAUUAUUUUUGUUGCUGGCAAGUUACGACGUUUCGUCUUUCCGAUUUUUUAUUGUGCAUUAUUUUCUGUAAGUUGCUUUCACUGUCGUUCUAGAUUAUUUUUAAAAUCAUAUAAUUAUAUUCAUAAAGUACGAUGAGUCAUGGUGAAUUAUUAUCAUAUUAUUAUGAAUGAAAAGAAAUAAGGAAUAUUAUUGUUCUGCUAUUAUUAAAUUUGUAAAGUUAGUUUAUUAAUAAAUGAAUAAAAAUA